AUGCUUCGGGCGGAGCCCCCGACAGGAGCGGCCGAGCACGAGCAGCAUCGAGCACGCAUCAAGGACGCCAUCCGGGCGCUCGACAAGCAGAGCAAAACGCAGGCUGCAAUGAGCUCGGACGCGGCCAUCCUGUAUGAGGUGCGUGCCGCCAACCGGACCCGCCACAUCCACAGGGCCACGAGGCGUCUCGAGGAGGCGCAGCAGAACGAGCCCGAUGCGGAGAUCGCGCUGGAGACGGCCCAGAAGAUCGGCCGGAUUGCCAAAGAGAAGGAGAAUAACGAGACGCAAGUCACCUUCACCUUCGACGACAGCGGCACCGCCACUCCGCCCUUCCAGCCGUUAUCCUUUCAGAGUCCGUUCGGCUGCCAGGCUAGGAAAGCCAUAUUGCCACAUGUGUUGGCGCAGCUCCAGACCAACCAGGUUCAGUUGCAGCAAGGUCUGAUGCAGCUCAUGGCCAGCAUGACUGCCAUCCAGACGGCGCUCCAAUACAUUCUGCAUGUAGACCCGGUAGCGGCGCCAGUUUCAGAGGCCGCAGCAGCAUCGGCGGCAGCAACCGAGGAGGUCACGGGCAUGCCGGUGCAUAUGGGCAGGGGAG